CUGACUCAAGAAGUGUCCCAAUUAGGCAAGGGCCUACACAAUGUCAUGCAUCUUUUGGAAGGCCUCGUGGCAGCACAAAACAACACACCUUUGUGGCCUGCUCAUGGAGCUCAGUUGGCUUCUACAAUGGAUAACUUGAAAACAAGACAGGAUUGGAUGUCACAUCAACCUUGUUUCCAUAUGCAGAGAGGGACAGCACCCUGCACCAUGGCCAACCCAUCACAGAGCAUGACCACAUCAGCCAGGUGGUCUUUGGAUCCAGGUAACCAGUGUUACAAUAUUCAAGGACAAGGAAUACCUUUGCACAGAACAAUGGAAGAUGACCAUCACCACAUCUUGUCUACAUCAGCCCAUUCUCACCAGUGCAACUCUCCCCAGGUCGAUUACCUGCCAGCAGUAAGAGGUGUAUCUCCGUUUUCUGAUGCCACGCUAACACCCCUUCAGUCCAUUUCAGUAACCCUAUCAUCUUCGGCGAGUUCAUCUCCAGAUAGAUCAAACCCACUGGUGUUUCCUUGUCCGUCCCAAGAAAGCAGUGCCUCCAACCUGGGCCCAGUCAGUUCAUCAGACCUUGGAAACUCUCCAGAAUCCUGGGAACUCGAGGGGAUGAUAGAUAUCUCGCUAUCUAAUAUAUCAACUUCACAGGCAGAAAUUGUGACAGGUAGGCACACAUUCAAGGAUGACAGCGCAAUUGACGUGUAAAGAUAACUUUGCAUUGAUGAGCAGGUACUGAAAAACAUGACCUACAAUUGCCACUUAUAAUUAUAGUACUGUUGCGUUAGUGCUUUCUCCUUCUGCAUUCCGCUGAUGUUGCAGAGGUAAAAGUCGCACAAUAUAACUUCAGGGCAAUGCCAGGAAUGGAACUUUAUGUGAAAUAAACUGAUAAAUAUAUAACAGAUCAAUCUUCACUGGAGAAACUGCGAGCGAAUUGUUUUCAGGAGCAUGCUUAUGAAUCUCUGACUUUCCGAGCCCAAACCUCAUUUACGUGCCUGGCCUGCAAGCCCCUUGGCUGAUCCGAGACCCUUGCUGCCUAAGGACAGCUGGAAAUCAAGGGCAAAGGAAUACAAAUGGCUUUUUGUGGCAGAGGUAAUCCUUCCACAAAGCAAAGGGUUUUGUUUAAAUUCUCUACUGAAAUAUCCCAGAUGGAUAUGAAUUGGAUGGUUUACUCUGGGAGGUCGGCUAUCCUGCUGGUUCAUUUCUCUGCGCUGCUGCGGCACAGGGACAAUUAUCACUGCAUGCUGUCUCCGAGACAAUCAGUCAACUGCAGCUGGUGGCAGAAGGUUAGCUGCCACACAUUGUAUCAUGUAAAUCAAUUUGUUCAAUUAUUUAUCAAAAAAAAAGACUAUUUUUAUACAUUUGGUAUGAAAACUGUAUUUAUGUCAGAUGUUUAUAAUGGCAAACUUUUUGUGGCAAAGCUUGAAGCGAAAUUCAAUGCAUUACAGAAAUCCUAUUUAUGAUGUUAGCUCAGAAAUAAUUGAGUAAAAAAGAUUAUCUAAGGCACUGUAGUUAAAACAAUAAAUAAAAUUAGAUUAUGUAGAAUGGACUGCAUGCUAUCAAAUAUGAAUGUAUCUGCGGUGAUCAAUUAUAAUAACUAAAACUAAUUGAGAAUGAUACUUAUUUAUUAUUUAUAUUUCAAUAAAUCGUUGUAGGGAAUGUCAGAAACAUACCAUUUAAUCCCAGAAAUAGGUGCAAUAAUAUAGAAAA